AGAUCGUAGACAUCGGGUGCGGCGAAGGUCAACUACUCGCAGUUCUCUGCCAGCCUGCAUCAAGUCUUCCCCCUCCUGACCCAUCAUCUCCCACCGAUUCAACUUCAAGCACACACGAUCUCGAUCUCCACCCUACACGCAUCGCAGGCCUCGAUAUCUCACCCCACGCACUCGCAUCCGCGAUCGAAGACACCUCACCCACAACUGCAAACGCAUCAUACACGCGAUGGGAACCACUCGACGUGAACAUCUGGCAUGGCAGACUCGAGAUCUUUAACCCCACUUUCGUCAACGCAGAAUGUAUCGUCGCAACAGAGGUGUACGUCUAUCCUAUGCUCCAUCACCCUUCAAAUUUUCUGUCGUUCUGUCGUUCUAAUACGCCCCCAGGAUCGAACACCUCCCAGAAACCAUCCUCGCAGAUUUCGCACCCAUGCUCAUGGGCACCUACCACCCCCGCCUCCUCCUCCUAACAACCCCCUCCUACGGAUUCAACGCGCGCUUCAGCCCCCCCGGACAAACCAACACCACCACCGGCUUCCCAGACCCCACAAAACGCACAGACAGGGUGUUCAGGCACCACGACCACAAAUUCGAGUGGACGAUUGAGGAGUUUAGGGCGUGGUGCGAGGGUGUUGCGGAGGAAUGGGGAUAUGAGGUGGAUGUGACGACUAUUGGGCGUGCGCAGGAGAAGGAUGAGUGGGGGAGGGAUGAGGAAUUGGGAGGUGCGAGUCAGGUUGCUGCUUUUAGGCGGAUUGAAGGCGGGGAUUGGGCGACGAAGCGGGAGGAGAUGAGUAAGUGGGUGAAGGAGAAGUCGAGGGGCCAAGAGGAGCAUCGGUUGAUGCAGGUACACCAUUACGAUGCGCAUGUUUGUGCGGGGAAACGAGCGUCGGUUGAGGAGAUUGAGAAGGCUGUGGUGGAUAAGUUUGAAGAGUGGGGAGAGGGUGAGCUGCGAUUGGAGGAGAUAUGGUUCGUGGAGGAGAUCGGAGCGAUGUGUGGUGGGUGGUUUGAAGUUCUGAUCGAGGCUAUCGAGGCGAGUGCGAAAUUCGAUCUUCAAAGAAACGAGGGCCAGAGAAGGGGAGAUUGGCCGGUGGUGCUAGUUGGAGGCGGGCCUAGGAAGAAGAAGACAUUCGAAUGGGCUCGGACGCAGACGACAGAAGAUGUGUAUGAAGACUCUGAGGUCCCGCAGGAAGGAUACCGUCUUGAUGACGAUGUGGAAUCCAACUGGGGGAGUGGUGUGUGCUCUUCAGACUCUGGCGUUGAUCUUUCGUGGGACAUUAGUAAAGAGGAAGCCUGGGAGAGGGACACCGCAUGGACGUACGAUUCUUCGGACAGCCCGGUUGGCUGGGGCAGUUGGCCCGGGAGCACUUUGUCUGCGGCUUGGAACCUUGGUAGGGAUGAGUCUAGAGCACAAGAUUUACUGUAAUUCAUCGGUAAUAGACAAAUCGGAUUCGUGUGGAUUGCUUGGGGUUGGAGAGUGUGAAGUUUUGAAUACAAGUUGUAAUGCAUUUGAGGAACAAGUGACCAUUCGUAUGAUGGCCAUAGCUGCUAUGCAGAGGCUCUGAAACUGAGUACUGAGGACCUUCAGUUUAUUGAAGCAAUUGUGAAAGGCUAUAAGCUUCUGCAUAGUGUUCCCAGGUGGUCAUUCCUCUCUUCGCGAAAACGAAGAUCUUCAGCAGUUUCCAUGGGUGCAUGGCAUAGGCGCUGAGCGGCGAGCACUCUUGACCAAGAAUUCUGAGUUCAUUGUACAUAUAUCUGGUACAACAAAACAUCAGAAUUCAUGGCAAAAGCACGCUAUCUACGGACCAUGGUACCAGAUCAAUAUCAGAUUCCUGGAUGCAGCGGGGAUGGGCCACGUUGCUGCUGCAAAAG